ACUACGGAUUAGGGGUGCCACCUUCUCAGUAAAAGCUGAACCUUAACCCCAGACCGAUUUGAUUUGAUUGAGCUCCUCGUUUUUCUCUUCCUUCGAUUAUCUAUUUAAAUACGCGCUCCUGGCAUGCGCGUACAUACGUGAGCGCAGGGUUGGCACUUGCUAUCCGCGGUUUUGGUGAGGUAUUGAUCGGUUAUUGGCCUUUUUGUGGCGCGGGUCAACAAGCGCCAUGCGUGGUCUUUCUGUUGCUGGGGCAAGUGCUGCCGCCAGUCCCCUUUUGCUUGGCCUAGCUGCUGCUGCACCUCACAAACAGCGCGCUCCGCAGUAUGUCGUUAACAAGCAACGCGCCGACGAGGUUAAGGAAGCUUUCCAGGUGUCUUGGGAUGGUUAUUACAAAUACGCUUUCCCUCACGACUCGUUACGGCCCGUGUCCAACACAUUCGCGGAUGACAGAAAUGGAUGGGGUGCGAGCGCUGUCGACGCGCUCAGCACGGCGCUGGUCAUGGAGAACUGGGAUGUCGUGAACCAGAUAUUGGAGUACAUCCCAACCAUCAACUUCGACAACACCACCACCGAAGUGUCCCUGUUCGAGACCACGAUUCGAUAUCUCGGUGGACUGGUGUCCGCCUACGACAUCAUAACCAACAGCCUCAGUCUGGGCAUCCAAAAACAGCCGGACGUAGAAGCCAUCCUGACUCAGGCGAAGCGGCUGGCCGACAACCUUAAAGUUGCCUUCGACACGCCCAGCGGCGUUCCGGACAACAGCCUCUACUUCAACCCACCACGGAAGGGCGGAUCAACGACGAACGGCCUCGCCACCACCGGCACCUUGAUCCUUGAGUGGACACGCCUCAGCGACCUGACCGGGGACUCUGAAUAUGCGGAGCUGACGCAAAAGGCGGAGUCCUACCUGCUGCACCCCGAGCCGGCGCUGGGCGAGCCAUUUCCCGGCCUGCUGGGGACUAACAUUCGAAUCGAGGACGGGAAGUUUGAAGACGGCAACGGCAGCUGGGGCGGCGGAACCGACAGCUUCUAUGAGUAUCUCAUCAAGAUGUAUAUUUACGACCCCGAGCGGUUUGCCGAGUACCGCGACCGCUGGAUCGCCGCGGCCGACUCGUCCAUUAAGUACCUCGUCUCGCACCCGACCACGAGGCCGGAGCUGACGUUCCUCGCUCUGUGGCGGGGCAAGGAGCUGCGGUUCUCAUCUCAGCAUUUGGCCUGCUUCCACGGCGGCAACUUCAUACUUGGCGGCCUCACGCUCGGCGAACAGGCGUACACGGAUCUCGGGCUCGCGCUCGUCGAAGGCUGCCACGCGACGUACGUGGGCACGGCGACGGGAAUCGGGCCGGAAGUCUUCGCUUGGCAGGACUCGCAGCUGCCGCUCAACGCGAGCAAUAACCAGCCGCCUCCAGAGGACCAGACCGCUUUCUACGAGAAGUCGGGUUUCUGGAUCACCAACGGCCAUUACGUGCUGCGGCCCGAGGUCAUCGAAAGCUACUACUACGCCUACCGCGCAACCGGCGACACCAAGUACCAGGACUGGGCCUGGGACGCAUUCCAGAGGAUCAACAAGACAUGCCGCGUGGGGAGCGGAUUCUCGAGCAUCAAGGACGUGAAUGCUCCAGACGGGGGCGGAUUCGACGACUUCCAGGAGAGCUUCUGGUUUGCCGAGGUGCUCAAGUAUAGCUAUCUGAUCCAUGCCGAGGAUGCUCCGUGGCAGGUCAAGGCCGAUAACACGAACGAGUACGUGUGGAACACCGAGGCGCAUCCGAUACGGGUGGCUGGAGGGAAAUAAGAGAGACCAGAGUCUCGGGUUCAUGCCUGGGUGGCAUUUUUGGAUCCAAGAGGUAGUUAGGAAUAUUAUUUGAAACAUUGGUAAUAAGGCAACAUUGAAUUUUUCUAGGUAAGGUAUAAUUAAACAUUGUCUCCCGUUACUUACGUCUCUCAUUCGACGACGUAAUCAGCUGAGCACCUGCUGGGUCCAUGUCAGGACUCCCAAUUACUAUUCGGUUUGUUAAGAUUGGACUAUGUGUAAAGGUCUUUGGCCAAGUUAUCCUCCUCCAUUCACCAUUUCAUUUCCGCUGAUUACGUGUUUCCCUUUCACGCACCGCCCUCACGCUUGGCAUACUCGUCCUCUAUGGCUUCCUCGUAGCGCCGGUCUGCCUCCUUCUCGGCUUCCGUCUUGGGCCUGGUGAUGCCCGCGCCGGUGUUGACUCCGGCGCCGGUCGGCGGUGCUUGGGUCCUCUCCGAGCCUGAAUGCUGAGUUUGGGUCUGGGUGCCCAAGUCGUGGCCUGUGGAGGAGGCGGUAGAGGUCUGGUGCGGCAUUUUUUUUGUCCAAAUGGAUGACAGAUAAAGGUUAUCGAAACGGUGUCUUGAGUGUUGGUGUUUUGGUGCGAG